GGUUUUGACAUCACUCCUCGCUCUGCUCACUCUCCCCAGCAGCAGCGCCUGUCCUCCUAGCCCUUUCGCGCUAGCCGGGCUAAGCUAGCCACAUAGCUACUACAGCAGUAUUCCCUUGUAAUUAGUUUGAGACGCACCGGCUCCAACAACAUUACGGUGCACUACAGUGAUUUGGCUCCCCCAAAGAUUAACGGCAUAAACCCAGUGUGUGUGUGUGUGUUUACGGGACAUAAAUAUAGAUACUACAAUAGCAAAUAAUUGAAGAUGAUUAAGCUCUUUACCCUGAAGCAGCAGAAGAAAGACGAAGAAUCUGCUGGAGGAAACAGAACAGGAGCCGGGGGUAAAAAAGCAAGUGCGGCCCAGCUUCGGAUACAGAAAGACAUCAAUGAGCUGAACCUGCCAAAGACGUGUGAGAUCAACUUCCCUGACGACGAUGACCUUCUCAACUUCAGACUCAUCAUCUCACCAGAUGAGGGCUUCUACAAAGGCGGCAAGUUUGUGUUCAGCUUUAAGGUAGGACAGGGUUAUCCCCAUGACCCGCCCAAGGUGAAAUGUGAGACCAUGGUGUACCACCCCAACAUUGACCUGGAAGGAAACGUCUGCCUAAAUAUCUUAAGAGAGGACUGGAAGCCAGUGUUGACAAUAAAUUCCAUUAUCUAUGGCUUACAGUAUCUGUUUCUAGAACCCAACCCAGAAGACCCACUGAACAAGGAGGCAGCGGAGGUGCUUCAGACCAACCGGCGGCUCUUUGAGCAGAAUGUGCAGCGCUCGCUGCGGGGGGGCUACGUGGGGGCAACCUACUUCGAGAGGUGUCUGAAAUAGCUCGUCGACAACCAUCAACUCCAACCCACCCCCAAAUCACCCCAACUCUCCUCGACUGGGCCCCCAUCCUCCCUUCCCAAGCCCAACCAGUCGAUGCCACCCACCCGUCCCUUUUACUUUUCUGCCCUGCUCGGCAAACAGCGGUGAGCAGAAGCUAGCACGCCACAAAGACGUUUUUCAGUUUUUGAUUAUUAUUAUUUUUCAAAGGAGGUUGAAGAAGAAAAACCACCAAUGCCCGCCCCACCCAGCCCAGCCCUCUUCUGUACUUACUAGACGCAUUCUACUGUUUACACCCUUCUGUUUGGGCCACCACGCACACACAUGCAUACCCUGACAGAGACACACACACUCUCAUACAUACACACACACACACACACACAAACACACACGUAUCUGACUCCAUCGCUUGCAGGGUAAAUGUU